AUGGCGCUGCCGGCCAGUCUGGUGCCCCUGUGCUGCUUGGCACUUCUGGCGCUGCCGGCUCAGAGCUGCGGGCCUGGCCGGGGACCCGUCGGCCGGCGCCGCUACGUGCGCAAACAGCUCGUGCCGCUGCUCUACAAGCAAUUUGUGCCCAGCGUGCCCGAGCGGACCCUGGGUGCCAGUGGGCCGGCUGAGGGGAGGGUGACAAGAGGUUCUGAGCGCUUCCGGGACCUGGUGCCUAACUACAACCCCGACAUCAUCUUCAAGGAUGAGGAGAACAGUGGCGCAGACCGCCUGAUGACCGAGCGUUGUAAGGAGCGGGUGAACGCACUGGCCAUAGCCGUGAUGAACAUGUGGCCCGGAGUGCGCCUACGGGUGACCGAGGGCUGGGACGAGGACGGCCACCACGCGCAGGACUCACUUCAUUAUGAAGGACGUGCCUUGGAUAUCACCACAUCCGACCGCGACCGCAACAAGUAUGGGUUGCUGGCGCGCCUGGCCGUGGAAGCCGGCUUCGACUGGGUCUACUAUGAGUCCCGCAACCACGUCCACGUGUCGGUCAAAGCUGAUAACUCUCUGGCGGUCAGGGCCGGCGGCUGCUUUCCGGGAAAUGCCACCGUGCGCCUGCGGAGCGGCGAGCGGAAGGGGCUGCGGGAACUGCAUCGCGGAGACUGGGUGCUGGCGGCGGACGCGGCCGGCCGGGUGGUGCCCACGCCCGUAUUGCUCUUCCUGGACCGGGACUUGCAGCGCCGGGCCUCUUUCGUAGCGGUGGAGACCGAGCGGCCCCCGCGCAAGCUGUUGCUCACGCCCUGGCACUUGGUGUUCGCGGCUCGGGGGCCAGCGCCCGCGCCAGGCGACUUUGCACCGGUGUUCGCGCGCCGGUUGCGCGCGGGGGACUCGGUGCUGGCGCCGGGCGGGGACGCCCUAAGGCCGGCGCGUGUGGCCCGCGUAGCGCGGGAGGAAGCGGUGGGCGUUUUCGCGCCGCUCACAGCGCACGGGACGCUGCUGGUCAAUGACGUCCUGGCCUCAUGCUACGCGGUUCUGGAAAGUCACCAGUGGGCUCACCGCGCCUUUGCUCCUUUGCGCCUGCUGCACGCGCUGGGGGCGCUGCUUCCGGGCGGGGCCGUCCAGCCGACUGGCAUGCAUUGGUACUCUCGGUUCCUCUAUCGCUUGGCUGAGGAGCUGCUGGACUGA